GGUGGUAAUUACUUGAUAGUUUGUGCAAAAGGCAACAUGAAGAAAUAUUGCUUUACUAUCUGUUUAUUUGUUUUAGAAGGCUUUGUUAUAUUUAUAGCCUGUCAAAACAUAAAGUUUACAAAGUUUACAAAAAAUGCCAAUUUGGAAGGAUUUACUUGUCCCACAAUGAAUAAGGAUUUUGAAGAAAAUAAGUUGAAUAAAAUACAGUGCCUGACAACGUGUGCUAUUAGCUCGUCGUGUUUUGGCGUGUUCCACGACGAAGCUAAUAUGCACUGUGUGGGGUGCAAUGACACAUUUCUUACCAAUUCAUCAGCCCCAUCUCUGGAUGGAAUGAAGUACCACUUUAAGCAAAGGUACAUGCUAGUUACUGAAGAGAAAACAUGGGGCAAUGCAAGUUUACACUGUCAGACUUUAGGUGGACAUUUAGCAGACAUAACAUCAGAAGAGGAAGAAAUAUAUAUAGAGGAUCAAGUGUUCGACAGUGACUAUAAUAGUGCCACCUGGAUAGGAGCAUCGCGCAACACAAGUGGAGGAACAUUUUACUGGGAAUACGGUACACCCAUCUCUGACUAUUUCGUGAAAUGGGGACCAAGUCAACCAUUGGACGACCCAAACGAGAUGUGCGUAUUAAUGCUGAGUUGGGACAAUGAAUGGUCUUGGCACGAUUAUGGUUGCCAUGAUGUUUUCUGGAGCUUGUGUGAAUUUGAAUAGUUUAAAUUUUUUGGCGAAGUCCGUCUGAUAUCGGUUUGACUGUCGGUACAAUUUUAUAAGGAAGAACUAAAUAUAUCCGAAGGAUUUUAAAAUCCAUGAAUCUCAUUGUCCAUUCUAUAAUUAGUGUAAUUAUCUAAAAGGUCUUUCUGAAACAUACACACAUAUAUAUAUAUACAUGUCCAAAUUAUAGAAUACUCUAAAGGAGUAUCAGAAACAAA